AAGACAACAACUACCGUGUAUAAGUGAUGGCGAUGAAAAAUAAUAUUUGAAAAUCUUCUAACGAACUAAAUUUUCGGUUUUUUCCAUCAAGCGUAAUCGAAAUUUGCAUUGUUUACUGAACUGCGAAUACCAAAAAUUUCUAUAAAACGAGGAAAACAAAUAAAAUAAAAAAGGGAAAAUUAAUGUUUUCAAGUUUAGGGCAUAAAAAAAGAAAGAAAAAGGUGCAACAACAAUUCGUCUCUUAUCACUGUAAAAUUACAAAAGAAUUUCUACCGCUUGAUUCGCAACGUUGAGAGAAAAGUAGCGAAAAAAUAUCAGUCGCGCAACAAGGAUAUUUAAAAUUAAAUUCCAAAUGGACGACGUCGCUUGUUGAAAAAUUUCACUUGCCAAACGACAACGUUGACGAUGCGUAAAGAAAUUUGAAACGAAAAUGGGUAUAAUUUUAUUUUUGCGAUUAUCAGCCGAUUUCGAGGGAUGCGAAAGGGUGAAAAGUUGGAAAAUGUAAAAAUUUGACCGAAGCAAAGAAGCGAAAUAAGUAAAUUAAGAAAAAAGGACUGCAACGACGACGUUGACGGGUGGGAGAGAGUAUAUAGAGAGGUGAUUGGAGUCGGCUUACUGUCAGUGAGUUUAGUGAGAGUGCCGUGUUAUUCGUCAGAAGUUUACCUCCAACCGUCCUGGACACAAGAAAACGCAAGUUAAUCGGACAAAAAUGCAGCUCGUCGCAUUCAUCUUGCUGGGAUGCUGCGUGGUCGCCCACUCAGUUCCGCUCUCCGACUCUUUGGCGGUGGAAAAAGUGCCGGAUUCCGAGGCGAAGAGAAGUUUCACCGAAUCUGAGGGCGCGCAAUUGUCCGAAAGUAGGAUCACGAGGACGAAAAGAUCCGGGGGUGGAUCGGGGGGAUUUUUGGCGGGAAUCGGUAGCGCGAUUCUCGGCAAGGUUGCCGAGGCUUCGAGCGGCGCCAGCACCGGAAGUAGCGACGGAAGCGCAAAAUCGCAUCAGUACGAAUCCGUCGAAUAUGGACCGCCGGUGCACGACUACGACGAGAAGAACUUCGACGUAUGGUCGUUCAAGAAGGCUAUACUGAACACGCUCUUUCAAGCACUGAAGGCGAUCGGCGGGGGUGUGAUUGCCCUAAAGGGGAAGCUGAUCAAGGGGGGCGGAAUAGUAGUAUCGGCAAAGGGUAACAUAAUCAGCGCGAAAGGCGAGGCGAUAACGUCCCUCGGUCGUCACAUAGCCGCAAGUGCAGUUUUGACGCCGCCGAAACCUGUGCAGCAUUACCACUACGAACCGCCGGCCCACGUUCCAGUUUCAGGCCAUGAUUCCUACGCUGGUCCACCGCCCAGCGCGUAUGGUCACCAUGGAGGAUACGCGGCUCACGCAUCACCGGACAGCAGCUACGGUCACACGGCGUACGCAUCGCCGUCGGACGACGCAGAUAAUCCGGGACUGGUGAUAGUAAAACCUGCCGAAGACCCAGGAGUACUGCCGGCUAGCGAUCAGGACGAGGAAAGUUCACCGUAUCCGGUCUACAAACCGGAAUCCGAGCACCAUCAUCAUCAUCACGAAGUCGAGAUAAUCACCCCGAGACAUCCGCCGCUUUCGGCACUGUCGGAGAGCUUCGGGGGCAACCAAAAGGACUCUGGAUCAGGAAGCGGGAUCGGUAACCUGAUCAGCCAGAUAUCCUCCGCCUCGAGCUCGAGCUCGCAAUCGAAUAAGCAUCGCGAGGAACACCGUGAGGAACACCACGAGGAGGAGUCUGACCACCACCACCAUCGCCACAACCAAGAAGAUGAACACGCCGAUCCACCGAAGCUGGACUUCUCGUCCUUGGCACUGCCGGCUCAGUUCGGUCGUCCACACUUUGGGAAAAGUCCUUUUGACUUUGGGAUGGCGCCAUUUGGGGCGGGUCACCAGGGUCUGGAUGACGGCUUCGUGAUGAUGAUGUUCCCGAAGCCGGUGGUCGAGGUUCCCGUCCUCCACUCGCAGGGUCCCAGGAGUUAUUUACCACCAUCGAAGAACUACAUUCAUGAGGAAUUCGGGAGCCUUCGUGGCGGUCCGCUUAAUUACGGACCCCUGACGAAGAGAUCCGGGGUCGGAAUGGCGUCGAAAAUUGGGGAGAUAAGAAUCGUUCCGUCGAUCGGUUACAUGUUGAAAGGCUCACGGGCUUUUAGGGGGUAGAGAAAUUCGGGGUUGCCAGGAAAGACGACGGUUCCUGUGGGUCAUGUUUUCACCAUGGGAUGAAUGAGAAAGACGAGAUUGCGAAUAAUUUGCGCAUAUCGUUCGUUUGGUUUGUCAAGUCUGUGGCUUGAUAAGCGUCGUGUCUGCAUGGUCGAAUGGAUCGAACGUGAAAUACAGAUACGGACAGUGGACAAAAAAAAAAAAAAAAAAAAAACGCGAUGGACUUGAAACGUGAAUAAAAUCCGAACGCGUGGACCGAUUUCUGAAAACUUUAUUUUACUUGAAACUAGAAGAAUGAAUCUUUCGUAUCGUGUUUGAUAAUCUUCAUUUGCUGUCGAGGAACACGCGCUUGAAUAUCGGGUUUUGAAAAUGUCGCUGCGGGAGACUGAAAAAAAAUAAUGUUAAACCUAACGUCGAUCUUAAAUUAUGACUCAAGGACUAAUUUAUUUUGAUACGAUUGAUUACAUUGUGCUUUUCACACAUUUCGUUGAUUUUUAAUAUUUCAAAGUUUUCUAACAAUUUAUAUGAUCAACGGAAGAAAGCAAACGGGGAGCGGAAUUAAGUUAUACGGUUUAAUGUGUCCAUCAUUCACGGUCACUACCGCCAGAAAUGAGGUUGAAGUUAGUAAUGUUAUGGGAACGAAACGUUGGAGACAAAAAUUACUAUUUUCUUAAUUUUACAAUGAUUUUGAAGGAACUAAGAUUUCGAAAUAUGAAUGCUACGUUAACGUUACUAACUUCAAUAUGAUUGCCAGAACUAUCUUUCGCCAGGAUGCAAUGCAGGCCAUGUGACUUCAGGAUCAGUGAAAAAUUCUCUCCCACCACUGAAAGUGUGAUGCUCUACGUAUUUCGCCGAUAUCAAAAAAGUCAGCCGUAACGCGAUCUCGAAAAAUCUGAAAUGUUCGUUAUACAUGCCUGGUGUGGUUGGCGGUUGGUCGCGGGAUGAAUCAAUCUUGGUCAAGUUCUCGACAUCACUUACAGCCGACUUUUUGACAGUGUACUUUCCUGAUAAUGCCUCCCGAAAACAGAACUAUAACUUCGAAGCACGCGGUUUGAUUCUAAUUUCAUAAGAAAUGUUUCACGUCAUGUGAUUACAAUCUCGGAGCAUUUCUAAAAUGCCAGAAUUAUUCUUCGAAUCACAAUAUCACAAGGAAAUUGAAUUCAUAAUUUUUUUCAAUCUCCCAGCAACCUUUUCAAAAUCCAUCUCUCAAGAGCGCGUGUCCCAACAACAAAUACAAAUUUUCCUGGUUUUCACACGUAAAAUAAAAGAUUCGGUCUUCUAAUUUCGAGA